CACCUCCGUCUCCCUCCUCACUCCCCUCUUCUCUCCUUCUCCCUCCUAUCCUCCCCUUAGACCGGCUCUAAGAGGAUAGCCAUUGCUCGCAUCUACACUCAUCAUGCCCGCCUACCACUCCAUCUUCCUCGAGGACCGGGAUGUCCCCGUAAUAGGCAACUUCCCCGUCCUCCCCCUCCGCACCCGCACCCGCGGCCCCGCAUACACCCUCCCCGCGCUCCCGCCCACCGCCGACACCGAAGUGCCCGCCGACAGCGAGUCGUACGACUGCGUGGAUGAGAUCCUGUCGCUGUUCCGCGCCAACGUCCUCUUCCGCAACUUCGAGAUCAACGGGCCCGCCGACCGCAUGCUCAUCUACGGCACCCUGUUUAUCAGCGAGUGUUUGGGCAAGGUCAAGCCCGCUAUGACGGCGCGUGAGGCUGAGAAGGCGUUGAUUAAUGUCGCUCUGGAUCACUUCGCCAUUCCCGGUGACGUGUCGUUUCCUCUCAAUCAGGCGUUCGAGCCGCCCAGGGAUAGGCAGGAUGCGGAGACCCUGAGGCAGUAUCUCUCCCAGGUGAGGCAGGAGAUUGCCGUCAGGUUGCAUGCGAGGUUAUACCCUGGUGGUGUGGGGCCUUCGAAGUGGUGGCUGAGCUUCGCGAAGAGAAAGUUCAUGGGAAAGAGCUUCUAGGUUAGAUUAUUCUGUAUGCUGCUUUUGUCUGCUCCCGCGCCCGCGUACAUCUAGCGGGUGACGACCGUCCCGUCGGGUCCUCCGGCCCUGGGCUUUUACUCUUGUGUAUAUUUCGACAUGAAGCGAUUUGAAAACUAGACU